UUUAGCAAAAAAACAUAUAAUAAAAAGAAAGGGUAUAUUUGUAAAAUCAUACCCUAAUCCACGAAUGACGGAGCAUUGAUCUGGAGUUGCAGCACGUCCGGAGGCAAAUAAAACGCACCGUUCCAAGUGACUAGAUGUCCAAAUUGCCCUUCCUUUUGUGGGAUAUUCUACCCUAUUGUGCAAUCCCCAUUUCUUCCUCGUAGCUUUACUCAGCCUUCCUCGUUUCCACCAUUUUUGAAGCAGAUACAAGAAGAAGCCCAAAAGCUUCCAGUGAUCUUGGUAGCCUCUGUAUAGCGCGAGAUCAGAGAGCAGAAGGAAGAAGAAGACGAUGGGAACUCUGGGCAGAGCUAUUUACACCGUUGGAUUUUGGAUCCGCGAGACCGGUCAGGCAAUCGAUCGCCUUGGCUGCCGCCUCCAAGGAAGAUAUUUCUUCCAAGAACAGCUGUCUAGGCAUCGCACUCUGAUGAAUGUAUUUGAUAAGGCUCCUGUUGUUGACAAGGAUGCAUUUGUAGCUCCAAGUGCAUCCAUUAUUGGGGACGUUCAAGUUGGACGAGGAUCUUCUAUUUGGUAUGGGUGCGUUUUGAGAGGUGAUGUGAACAGCAUCAGUGUGGGAUCUGGAACCAACAUACAGGACAACUCCCUUGUGCAUGUGGCAAAAUCUAAUCUAAGUGGAAAGGUUUUACCGACUAUCAUUGGAGACAAUGUCACCAUAGGUCAUAGUGCUGUAAUACAUGGCUGCACUGUUGAGGACGAGGCUUUUGUUGGUAUGGGUGCAACAUUGCUUGAUGGCGUUGUUGUUGAGAAGAAUGCCAUGGUAGCUGCCGGAGCUCUUGUGAGGCAGAAUACUAAGAUCCCCUCUGGAGAGGUAUGGGGAGGAAAUCCAGCGAAAUUCCUCCGAAAGCUCACUGACGAAGAGAUAGCUUUCAUAUCUCAGUCUGCCACCAAUUACUUGAACCUUGCACAGGUUCACGCAGCUGAAAAUGCAAAGUCCUUUGACGAAAUUGAAUUUGAGAAGGUGCUCCGCAAGAAGUUUGCUCGCAGGGACGAGGAUUAUGACUCAAUGCUUGGUAUUGUUCGUGAAACACCUCCAGAACUCAUCCUUCCCGACAACAUCUUACCCGAUAAAGAUCCCAAGCCUUUGCAGAAAUAAAACAGCCCUUUUGUUGAAUCUUGAGUUGUUUAGCUGAAGAGUAUUUUGGCAUCACAUGCAAAAAUACAUGAAAUCAAAAAAAGAGUUUGUGUACUUUCACAAUAAUAUCAAUCAUCUUCUACUGCAGAAUUAUGGCUUCCAUUUUGGCUGUUGGGACUAUUCUUCUGGCAGCUUUUUAGAAAUGGUUUUACUGCUCAGGAUGGAUGAAACUGACUUCAUAAAGUAGAUUGUAAGUUUGUUCAUCUGUAUUGAAGAGAUCCAAUUUUCUUUCUCCCAA